GGCGGCGCAGAGCGGCCGGGGGCGGCGGCAGGUUGGAUUUACCAAUCACUUUGAAGCAGAUUUGGUUCCCCAAGGUGCUCAAUCCCAGCUAACUUCAUAACUGACCACUGGAUUGAUGAACAGGCAUUCACUGAGAUGACAUAGGGAGGGGCAGCAAGAACAAUGGUGCAGAAGAAGAAAACCUGCCCUCGGUUACUGGACUAUCUUGUGAUCAUUGGAGCAAGGCAGCCAAGUAGUGAUAGUGUUGCUCAGACUCCUGAACUGCUACGGCGUUACCCUCUAGAAGACCAUGUGGACUUCCCUCUACCACCUGAUGUUGUGUUCUUCUGCCAGCCAGAAGGAUGCCUGAGUGUGCGGCAAAAACGCAUGAGCUUCCGUGAUGACACUUCCUUUGUCUUCACGCUCACAGACAAGGACACGGGUGUCAUUCGCUAUGGAAUCUGUGUCAACUUCUACCGCUCCUUCCAGAAGAGAGUACCCAAGGAGAAGGGAGAAGGCACAGGGGGGCACCGAGCUCGGGAGGGACAGAAAGUCCCCAAAGCUGGGGAUGCAUCGGCCCCACAGGAGGAAGUGGGCACUGAGAGUUCAGAGAGUGGCUCUUCACUACAGGCUCCCAGUACAGAGUCUACCCCAGAUGUGAAUCGAUCACCACGCAGUAAGCGCCUGGCCAAAGGCAGCCAUCGCUCUCGGAACAGCACUCUGACUUCUCUGUGCAUCCUUAGUCAUUACCCCUUCUUUUCCACCUUUCGUGAGUGUCUGUACACCCUCAAGAGACUUGUGGACUGCUGUAGUGAGAGAUUAUUGGUCAAGAAGCUGGGGAUUCCUCGUGGGGUGCAGAGGGACACAAUGUGGAGGAUUUUCACAGGCUCCCUCCUGGUGGAAGAGAAAUCCAGUGCAUUGCUUCACGACCUGCGGGAGAUUGAGGCCUGGAUAUACCGGCUGCUACGCUCUCCGAUGCCUGUCGCUGGUCAGAAGCGGGUGGAUGUGGAAGUCUUGCCGCAUGAGUUGCAGCCAGCUUUGACCUUUGCUCUUCCUGAUCCAUCCCGCUUCACUUUGGUGGAUUUCCCAUUACAUCUGCCCUUGGAGUUGUUGGGAGUGGAUGCCUGCCUGCAGGUGCUGACCUGCAUCCUUCUGGAGCACAAGGUUGUACUGCAGUCCCGAGAUUAUAAUGCACUCUCAAUGUCUGUGAUGGCCUUUGUGGCUAUGAUCUACCCAUUAGAGUACAUGUUCCCAGUGAUCCCUCUGCUUCCCACCUGCAUGGCCUCUGCAGAACAGUUGCUUCUAGCCCCUACACCUUACAUCAUUGGUGUUCCAGCAAGUUUCUUCCUUUACAAACUGGAUUUUAAAAUGCCUGAUGAUGUAUGGCUUAUUGAUCUGGAUACCAACAGGGUGAUUGUUCCCACAAAUGCAGAAUCUUUACCAGCACUGCCAGAACCAGAAGCUACAGAGCUGAAAAAGCACCUGAAACAGGCACUGGCCAGCAUGAGUCUGAAUACUCAGCCCAUUCUUAAUCUAGAGAAGUUCCAAGAGGGACAGGAGGUGCCAUUGCUGCUGGGAAGACCGCAGAAUGAUUUGCAGUCUACUCCUUCCACAGAAUUUAACCCUCUGAUCUAUGGAAAUGAUGUGGACUCUGUCGAUGUGGCUACCAGGGUUGCCAUGGUGAGAUUCUUCAACUCACCAAAUGUUUUGCAAGGUUUCCAGAUGCAUACUCGCACUCUUCGGCUCUUCCCACGACCAGUGGUGGCCUUCCAAGCAAAUUCUUUCCUUGCCUCUAGGCCAAAGCAAACACCUUUUGCAGAUAAGCUUUCCAGGACACAGGCAGUAGAAUACUUUGGAGAAUGGUCACUCAACCCUACAAACUAUGCUUUCCAGAGAAUUCAUAACAACAUGUUUGACCCAGCACUGAUUGGUGACAAGCCAAAGUGGUAUGCUCACCAGCUGCAGCCCAUCCACUAUCGUGUCUAUGACAGUAAUUCCCAGCUGGCUGAAGCACUGAAUGUCCCAGCAGAGAAAGAAACAGAUUCGGAUCCCACUGAUGACAGUGGCAGUGACAGUGUCGACUAUGACGACUCAAGUUCCUCCUACUCCUCCCUUGGUGACUUUGUCAGUGAGAUGAUGAAAUGUGACAUUAAUGGUGAUACCCCAAAUGUUGACCCCCUGACUCACGCAGCCCUUGGUGAUGCCAGUGAAGUGGAAUUUGAUGAUUUUCAAGAAUAUUCAGGAGAUCUGGAUGAACAGGCCAUGGACAGUGAAAACUCCCAAGAGAACAACCAGCCUCGUUCAAGUUCCAGUACUACAGCCAGUAGCAGCCCCAGCACUGUCAUCCAUGGAGUGAAUCAUUUGUAUGGAAUGCAAGUUAGCGAGCAGAUCAGUGAUUUGACUGGUCCACAGGAGUCAGCAGAUGCAGCAGACAUGGAAGAGAAAUUGGUUGCUGGAUUUACAAACCAUCUCCCUUCUUUGUCACUGCAACCAAGCUUUCCCAAGAUAAGCUUGGAUCGGCGGGAGAGCGACAGUGCAGCUGGCAGCAUGAGCUCCUCAGAAGGGGUGGUGAGGAAGCGGGAGUAUGACAAUCCAUACUUUGAACCACAGUAUGGUUUUCCCACGGAGGAUGACGAUGAUGAGCAGGAAGAGAGCUACACCCCAAGAUUUAACCAGAAUCUCAAUGGAAGCAGGUCUCAGAAGUUACUCCGUCCAAACAGUUUAAAACUGGCCAGUGAUUCUGAUGCAGAUUCAGAUUCCAGGGCCAGCUCCCCAAACUCAACUGUCUCUAACAACAGCAGUGAAGGUUUUGGGGGCAUCAUGUCUUUUGCAAGCAGCCUGUACAGAAACCACAGCACAAGUUUCAGUUUGUCCAACUUAGCCCUACCAACCAAAGUUGGGAGAGACAAGAAUACUCCCUUCCCCAGCCUGAAAGUAUUUGGGUUAAAUACUAUAAUGGAGAUUAUUACUGAAGCUGGCCCAGUAAGCAAUGAAGGAAACAGACGCGCCCUUGUGGAUCAAAAGUCUUCAGUCAUUAAGCACAGCCCAACAGUGAAGAGAGAAUCUCCAUCGCCUCAGGGACGAACUAGUAAUUCCAGUGAGAACCAGCAGUUCCUGAAGGAGGUAGUUCACAAUGUUCUUGAUGGGCAGGGUGUUGGCUGGUUGAACAUGAAGAGAGUCCGACGUCUGCUGGAGAGUGAGCAGCUCCGUGUCUUUGUACUGAGCAAGCUGAAUCGCACGAUCCAGUCAGAAGAAGAUGCUCGACAGGAUGUCAUACAGGAUGUGGAGAUCAGCCGUAAGGUUUACAAGGGCAUGCUGGACUUGCUCAAGUGCACUGUGCUGAGCCUGGAGCAGUCGUAUGCAAAUGCUGGCCUUGGAGGCAUGGCCAGUGUUUUUGGCCUGCUAGAGAUAGCACAUACCCACUAUUACAACAAAGAACCAGAAAAGAGGAAACGAAGCCCAACGGAUGGAUCUGUCACUCCAGUUGGCAAGGAUCCUGCAUCAUCUCCGAGAGCAGAGCCAAAACCUGUGGUGCAGCUGCCGGUACCUCAGCUGAUGCCAAAGGCACCGAGCCCUCCAGGCAAAGGGCCAAGGGAGUUUGACACAAGGAGUCUAAAGGAAGAGAAUUUUAUUGCUUCCAUUGGGCCAGAAGGUGUGAAACACUUUGAUUUGGGAGAAACGGAUGAGAAGAAAUCCCAAAUCAGUGCAGACAGUGGCCUCAGUUUGGCCUCAGGUUCUCAGAAGAGUGAUUUCGACUCUCUUCCCAGUGGAGGACCAACAGUUAUGGUCCGAAGUACAAGCCAGGAUUCUGAAGUCAGCACAGUGGUUAGUAACAGUUCUGGAGAGACAUUAGGAGCAGACAGUGACUUGAGCAGCAAUGCUGGUGAUGGACCCAGUGUAGAAAACGGUGGCAAUUUGGCUGGAUCCAGAGGCACUGUGUCAGACAGUGAAAUUGAGACAAACUCUGCUACCAGCUCCAUCUUUGCAAAGUCUCACAACGUGAAGCAGAGUGUGAAGGACAGCAAAGGCAGCACUCCAGGGAGAGCUCCAGAGGAUGGAAACCAACGUGUCUAUCUCUAUGAAGGACUUUUGGGCAAAGAACGUUCAACUCUGUGGGAUCAGAUGCAGUUCUGGGAAGAUGCCUUUUUGGAUGCCGUGAUGUUAGAGAGAGAAGGAAUGGGGAUGGACCAGGGACCUCAGGAGAUGAUUGACAGGUAUCUUUCCCUGGGAGAACACGAUCGAAAGCGUUUGGAGGAUGAUGAGGACCGCUUGUUGGCCACACUGCUGCAUAAUAUGAUUGCUUAUAUGCUUAUGAUAAAGGUGAACAAGAAUGAUAUUAGGAAAAAGGUGCGUCGUCUGAUGGGGAAGUCACAUAUUGGGUUGGUGCACAGCCAGCAAAUAAAUGAUAUUCUAGACAAACUGGCCAAUCUGAAUGGACGGGAGCUCCCUGUGAGACCCAGUGGCAGCCGCCACAUCAAGAAGCAGACUUUUGUAGUACAUGCUGGGACAGACACAACUGGAGACAUAUUCUUCAUGGAGGUAUGUGAUGAUUGCAUUGUGCUGAGAAGCAACAUUGGAACUGUAUACGAACGUUGGUGGUAUGAAAAGCUUAUCAACAUGACUUACUGUCCCAAAACAAAAGUGCUGUGCCUCUGGCGGAGGAAUGGUCAGGAGACUCAGCUGAACAAGUUCUACACAAAGAAGUGUCGGGAAUUAUACUACUGUGUGAAGGAUAGUAUGGAACGAGCAGCAGCAAGACAGCAAAGCAUUAAACCAGGCCCUGAGUUGGGUGGUGAGUUCCCUGUGCAGGAUAUGAAAACGGGUGAAGGAGGUCUUCUUCAGGUCACACUGGAAGGAAUUAACCUGAAAUUUAUGCACAGUCAGGUUUUCAUAGAGCUGAAUCACAUUAAAAAGUGCAAUACUGUGCGAGGAGUCUUUGUCCUGGAGGAAUUUGUUCCUGAAACUAAAGAAGUGGUGAGCCACAAGUACAAGACGCCAAUGGCUCAUGAGAUCUGCUACUCCGUGCUGUGUCUCUUCUCUUAUGUGGCUGCAGUUCGUGGGAAAGAGGCAGAAAACAAAAGCAAACCACCUCGACCAGUUUCCAGUUGAUCUUGAUAUUGGAAAAUACCUACCCUUUGGCACGUUGAUAAUGCAGUACUCCCAUUUUUACUGCAGUUUCUGGAGCUCACUUUAUUGUCUUCUAUGAGAACUUGAUUAUUUAUGUAUGAUCUGCAAGUCUUUCCCCAUAGAAAAACCUAAGACUUCACUGCUCAGUCUCCUUCUGAAUUUGUUCUUUAUGGAGCUUUUCUAUCAGCUGUUAAUCAGACAGUUUUGAGCAUCAGUAUCCAGCUGUGAGUGACCUAUUCUGGCCAUUCCUUUGGAAUUCCCUUUUUCUUAAGAUGACUAACGGCUUGAGUUUGGAUGUUUUUUGUUUCUAGUGGCACUUGUUACAGAUUAAUCACUUCACAACUGCAGGCUUCUGCUUUCAGCUUCUCUGGUAUGUGCACAGUGGAAGCAGUCUGCUCCUGCAUGUUGUUUAAAUGGUGUGUUUUUAUUGUUUUCCUUCUGUGUUGUUCAGUUUUACCCACCAACAUGGCAUUCUGGUCACAUAGUUCUUUCAGACCCUUUUGGGAGAGAUGAACUGUUACAAUAGUCUUAAGACACCACGUGACAGUUCAAGUUUGGCUAUUAAAUUGGUCCAUUUGUGGAUAUGACUGCUAUUCUAGUGGGAAAAGGAAACUUUGCAGGCAGUAUAUUGUGAAAACCCCUGACACCUCAUGGAUUCUGUGGAUUUUCAAAUGGGAGUUUAGGUAAUAUUUGUAGGUUUAUCCCAGCAGCAGAGCUGGCAAAUGCAUAUAAGCACUACCAAAAGCAGUUAAUCACAGGGGUUAGAAAAUGCUUAAGGAAGUGUAAAACUUGGGAACAUUACUGGCAAAAGCACUUGGCAGAUUCAUGUCUUUCUGGGUUCAUAACACCAGGUAUUUCUAUAGCCAUCUGGUGGACAUAUUCAGAACCCAAAGGAUUAUUCUGUCUCCAGAUUUUUUAAGCUAUGGCUUUUUUUUCCAAUCUCUACCUGUAUUAUUGUAUAAUGAAACUCCUGCAGUUAAAACUAUCCAUCACAUUCCUUAUUUUAAGUAGGCCAAAUGUGAAUGUUUUUUGCAUCCUGUUUUUGUUCCUGAACUGUACUGCACUUGUCUGGAAAGGUCUCAGGAUGCUCAAAGCAGAGACUGUCUAGAGAGAAACUGUUACAUGUAAAAUACCUGGAAAAAAAUGCUCUGAUGCAAACUGAUGUAUUGUAUGUUUUGACAUAAAAUUAAGAGUAAAUGCACCCAGAAAUAACCCUUAGUCAGGGUAUCUACUGUUUUGAAUGGAAUAUACUAGUAAUGGGUGAGGAAAUGAUGUAAAUAUUAUAGUACCACAUCUAUUUAUAGAAAUUGUACAGCUCUCUGAAUGUGAAAAUAAAAUGUCAUUCAACCAGCAA